AUGGGUAAUGUUGUGGCAAUAAUUCAGCAGAAGUUCGUAAACAAACUUAAAAAGUUAUUUUCUACAGGUAGAAGACACUCUAUAACAAUGAUUGGAUUAGAUGCAGCUGGUAAGACAACACUUCUUUACUUUAUGAAAACAGGGAGUGUACAACAUACAGUGCCAACAAUAGGAUUUAAUUGUGAACAGUUAGAAAUUGGAGAUUUAAAAUUUCAAGUUUGGGACAUUGGUGGUCAAGAAGUUUUCAUCAAAUUUUGGCAUAAUUAUAUUAAAACAAGUAGUGCUAUUGUGUAUCUGGUAGACAUUGCAGAUAAACAAAGAUUUGCACAGGCUUCUAAUGCACUGUGGACCGUUCUUAAGGAAGUGCCAACACAUAAGCCUCUUCUUAUUCUAGCUAAUAAAGAUGAUUUAAUGCCAAAUGAGGUGGAAAAAGAGAAAAGUUUAAAUCAAUUAACUGAAGAAAUGGGACUUGAUAAAUAUAAUGGUCCAAAAAAUAUAGUACCGUGCAGUGUAAUAGAAGCUUCCUCCUCUGUAUCUCCAGAAAGCAGCAAACAUAAUAGUAAAAUUAUUAUUGACGCAUUUAAAUGGUUGAGUGGUGAACUUAAAAAGAUGCCACAUGAAAAUUAA